AUGAAAAUCUUGCACUUUCUCACUUUAUUGCUUUGGCACUUGACUUGGUUUUACCUGGUUCUAGUUUCUGUAGUGUUGAGUAAUUCCGAAGCAGGUCAGAGUAAUCCAGGAUCCAAGUUAGGAUUGUUAAAAGCAGAAGGAAAAGAGACAAAUCCCUCGCCAAGGGCAGGUACCUUUAGGACUGGAAACCAUGGAUAUAGUGCUGGGACCUUAAAGGCGAGAGCUAAAAGCAAUACUGUUCAAGCAGCAGCUCUCUUGGCAAAGAAUAAUGAAUCAAAGAAGAGUCUCUCUAGAGAAGGGACCACAGACACAAAGGUAGGGCAGUCCCCAAACAGACAAUCUGGAGUAAGGACAGUGACCCCAAAGGUUCAGAACCUUGGCAGCAAAGCCUCGCUCAGAAAAACUGGCACAGGCAAUACUGAUGCCAGUUCUUACAAAACCAAAAAGACUAAAGAGCCUGUAACACAAAGGGAACCUAAAGAGACUUUCAAACACCCCCCUAUAACGCCACAUGAAUACAUGCUCUCCCUCUACAGGACUCUCUCGGAUGCAGAAAGAAAAGGCAUUAAUGGAAGUGUAAAACUGGAGACUGGGCUUGCCAAUACAAUAACAAGCUUUAUAGAUAAAGGACAAGAUGACCGAGCUCCAGCCAUAAGAAAACAAAAAUAUGUUUUUGACAUCAGUGCAUUAGAAAAAGAUGGUUUGUUGGGGGCAGAGCUGCGGAUAUUAAGGAAAAAGCCCUCUGAGACCUGGAAGCCUCAUUCUCCUGGGAAAACUUCCCAAGUGAAAUUGUUCAGUUGCCCCACAAACAGACAAGCAGCAACUCUCCUGGACUCUCGCACUGUCAGCAUUGCAGAUACACCAAAAUGGGAAGUAUUUGACAUUUGGAAACUUUUUAGGAAUUUUAAAAACUCCGUUAACUUGUGUUUCGAACUCGAAGCUUUUGAUAGGGGGAGAGCUAUUGAUCUAAGGAGUAUGGGAUUGAAUAGAACAGGGAGGCAGGUCAAUGAAAAGGCUCUCUUCUUGGUAUUUGGGAGGACAAAAAAAAGGGACCUGUUUUUCAAUGAAAUCAAGGCGAGAUCAGGUCAAGAUGACAAAACUGUUUAUGAAUACUUAUUCAAUCAGCGGAGGAAGAGAAGAGCUCCUCUAGCAACGAGGCAGGGGAAGAGGCCCAACAAGAACCUGAAGGCAAGGUGUAGUAAAAAAGCUCUCCAUGUGAAUUUUAAGGAUAUGGGCUGGGAUGACUGGAUAAUAGCCCCUCUGGAAUAUGAAGCUUAUCACUGUGAAGGGCUUUGUGAAUUUCCUCUUCGAUCUCACUUAGAACCCACCAAUCACGCAGUUAUCCAAACGUUAAUGAACUCAAUGGACCCAGAAUCUACUCCUCCAACUUGCUGUGUUCCAACCAGACUGAGUCCUAUUAGCAUUCUCUUUAUAGACUCUGCAAAUAACGUGGUCUACAAACAAUAUGAAGACAUGGUAGUGGAGUCAUGUGGUUGUAGGUAG